GCCUGGAGGAGGAGCGACUGGGGAGGGCCCGGAGGGCCCGGGGGUGGCGGGGGAGGAGCGGCGAGAGACGGGAUGCUGGCCGGCUGGGGAGCGGGGUCCGCGCAGGGGCUUAUCAUCGCAGGGGUCCCGUGGCGGGCGCGCGGGCCGAGCGGCCGGGCCCCGCCGCCCGUCCUGGAAGCCUCGUUCCCGCCGCCCGCGAGCUGGGGGCGCUCCCGGUGGCGGCCCUGUUUGUCGCAGUGGAGGCCUCCGAUCGCCUGCACCGGGGGGCGAGAGUUGGGGGGAGUUGGCCACGGGUGGGAAGGGGCUUCUGCGUGUUUUGGCCCCAGAGUCUGUGCUUGUGUUUCCCUGACGUUUCCGCUGCCGCCAGUUUAUUCUCCCACUCCCUUGUUAGACGUCCCAGACUGUUGUUCCCAAAGGAAAAGAGGUCCCUGUUCCUUUCUCAGAGGCUUGUUCGGGCUCAGUCCCGAAAGCCAGGUGCUGUGCUAGAUGCUGGGGCUUCAGCAGGCCCUGCCCUCUCGGAGGGGGCUUCCUCCCGAGGCUUUGAACCCUGCCAGCUGGUGGGUGUGUAUUUUGUCUGGUGCCCGAUGCCCUCUGUGACCAGCUCUGUGCUGGAGGGCGAGCGGCUGCACCUCGGGGUCAUGGGCCUCAUCCUUGUCUUCUAGUGACUUUGCCACCGCGCUCUCCUUUUGAUGCACUGGGCGGCGGCGUCAUGGACGUGGAUGCUGAGAGAGAAAGGAUAUCCAGGGAGAUCCAGCAGCUGGAGAGGAUCCUGGACCCCUGCUGCUCGAGCCUCAGCAUGGACGUCUCGGAGUCCAGUCUCGACUCGGAUUCGGAUGCAGAUUCGCUGCCCGACGAGGACUCGGACUCAGACGUCGCUGGCCCACUGCUCUCGGAGGAAGAGAGGUGGGGUGAGGCCAGCAAUGACGAGGACGACCCCAAGGAGAAGGCGCUCCCUGAAGACCCGGAGACCUGCCUGCAGCUGAACAUGGUCUACCAGGAGGUGGUCCGGGAGAAGCUGGCAGAAGUCAGCCUGCUGCUGGCCCAGAACCGGGAGCAGCAGGAGGAAAUCAUGGGCGACCUCGCAGGUGUCAAGGGCCCCAAGGUGAAGGAUGGCAGGAGCCCGCCCCCGAACCUGUACCUCGGACACUUCAUGAAGCCCUACUUCAGGGACAGGGUCACGGGAGUGGGUCCUCCUGCCAACGAGGACACGCGGGAGAAGGCUGCCCAGGGCAUCAAGGCUUUCGAGGAGCUCCUGGUGACCAAGUGGAAGACCUGGGAAAAGGUCCUGCUCAGGAAGUCGGUGGUGAGUGACCGCCUGCAGCGGCUGCUCCAGCCCAAGUUGCUCAAGCUGGAGUACUUGCAACAGAAGCAGAGCAGGGCCGCGAGCGAGCUGGAGAGGCAGGUCCUGGAGAAGCAGGCCAGGGAGGCGGAGAAGGAGGUGCAGGACAUCAAUCAGCUCCCGGAGGAGGCCCUGCUAGGUGACAGGCUGGACGGCCAUGACUGGGACAAGAUCUCCAACGUCAACUUCGAGGGAGGCCGCAGCACGCAGGAGAUUCGCAAGUUCUGGCAGAACUAUGAGCACCCGAGCAUCAACAAGCAGGAGUGGAGCGAGCAGGAGGUGGCCCAGCUGAAGGCCGUCGCAGCCAAGCACGGCCACCUGGACUGGCAGAGGAUCGCCGAGGAGCUGGGGACGCGCCGCAGCGCCUUCCGCCGUCCCCCGGGGUGGCCCGCUAACCCCUGCCCCGCUCUGGCCCCGCAGACGCGCCGCAGCGCCUUCCAGUGCCUGCAGCAGUACCAGCAGCACAACCCGGCGCUGAAGCGCAAGGAGUGGACGGAGGAGGAGGACCGCAUACUCACGCGGCUCGUGCAGGCCAUGCGCAUUGGCAGCCACAUCCCCUACCGGAGGAUUGUCUACUACAUGGAGGGGCGGGACUCCAUGCAGCUCAUCUACCGCUGGACCAAGAGCCUGGACCCCGGCCUGAAGAAGGGGCUCUGGGCCCCAGAGGAGGACGCGAAGUUGCUACAAGCAGUUGCCAAGUAUGGGGAGCAGGAUUGGUUUAAAAUCCGGGAAGAGGUGCCAGGUAGGAGCGAUGCCCAGUGCCGAGAUCGAUAUCUCAGAAGGUUACAUUUCAGCUUGAAAAAGGGACGAUGGAAUCCUAAAGAAGUGGAGAAGUUAAUUGAAUUGAUAGAAAAAUACGGUGUCGGUCACUGGGCAAAAAUAGCCUCUGAACUACCCCAUCGGUCAGGCUCCCAGUGCCUGAGCAAAUGGAAGAUCAUGGUCAGGCAGCGGCAGCGGCAGGCCCGGCGGCGGGCCCCUCGCAGGGCGCGCUGGAGCCCCAGCAGCGGGAGCAGCAGUGACGGCAGCUGGGAGGACUCAGAGCCCGAGGAGGCCCCGGAGGACGCCCCGGAGGAGGACCCGGCGGGCAGCCCGGAGCCGCUGCCAGCUCCGUACGCCGUGCCGGACAUGGACCUGUGGGUGCCCACCCGGCAGAGCCCGGAGGAGCUGUGGGGAGCGGGCACUGGGGGCUGCCCAUGCCCUCCCGAGGGCCCCAACACGGCCACGGCCACGGCCCCAGCCCCCGCAGGGCAGCUGGCCUCCAGGGGGCGGAGCACCAACCCAAGGAGCAUCAGGUGCCUGUGCCCGGCCAUCGCUCGCCGCUGGAGCUCCGAGGGGCCACCGGGCGAGGAGAGGCCUGGCUCAGCCCCGUGGCCCGGCCCUGGCGGCGGCAGCAGGGACGAGGCCAGGCCCCGCGAGCGGCCACCGUGGGCCGGGACCGUGCAGCAGCGCCAGGGACACGCCCUGCAGUGGAGGCGCCUGGAGCACAAGCUGCUGGCGGCCGUGAGCCCGUGGGUGGGAGAGGCCGGCCUGCUAUGCGCGCGCCCGAGGCCCGCCGUGCGGCCGCGUCGAGCUGAUGGCAUCAGGAAACAGCUGCAGGGCGCCCACUUGGCCAGCACCCCAGUGUUCGCCCUCUUCAUUCAGCUGUUCCAGAUUGACACGCCUGGCUGCGUGGAGGUGGUCCGAGAGAGGAAGGCCUGGCCGCCUGCCCUGCUCCAGGCUGGGGCCUGGGACCCGCCGCCCCUGCAGGAACCCUCGAGCGCCCACAGCGCCCCAGGCUGCCUCACCCAGAGCGUGCCGGCCCAAGGGGCCGCGAAGCAGGGCACCUGUCCUGAGGUGGGCAAAGGGAUGCAGGCCUGCCGCACAGCGUCCACGCACCCAGCGCCCGCCCCGGCCCCGUGCAGACCCCGGCCCAAGCCCAAGACGGUGUCUGAGCUGCUUCGGGAGAAGCGUCUGCGGGAGGCCCGAGCCAGGAGGGCUGCGCAGGGCCCCGCCAUCCUCCCGGCCCGCGUGCUGGUCUCCUCGCCCGUGGUCUUCCAGCCGCUGGCCCCCCCAGCCGCCCCAGUCCCCAGCGCCAUGCUGUCCAGCGCCAUGCUGUCCGGGCCUGGAGGCCCUCCGGUGACCAGUUUCACUGCUUCGGGCUCCUGGGCGCCAGCCAAGGAUGAGCAAGCCCCGACUCUGCAUGCCUUUGCCCUCGGCCCGGCUGCCUCCAGGGCCCCUGGCCCGGUUCCUGCGAGCUGCCCGCUGAGUGCUCUUGGACAGUCUCAGGUCCCUGCCACGUCCCGGAAGCAGGGCCUGCCUGAAGUGCCCCCCUUUCUGCCCGCGGCCCCCAGCCCCGUUCAGCUGCCUAUCCAGUCUCUCAGCCUGACGCCAGCCCUGGGCACGCCCGCGGCAGCCAGCACCUCUCUGCCCGUCACCUGGGUCCUCACGGCACAGGGGCUGCUCCCUGUACCCCUGCAGGCCGUGAUGAGCCUGCCAACGCCGACAGGGGCUCCUGACCCCACACAGCUGUCGGUGACUCUGCCACCCUCGCCCACUGAGACCCCAGCCAGCCGGGGUCCCGGGUUCCCUGAGCAGAGCCACCCUGGGCCGCCAGCAGCCAGCACAGACUCGGAGCCAGAGCUUCCCUGCAGGACGGAGCCCUUGAGUGAGAGCCCCGCAGAGGUGGCCGAGGCCUGUGGCCUCGCAGGACUCGCCUCCCCUGGGGAGGCCCUGGCGGCUGGGGAGACAUCUGCACCCACGACUCCCUCCCAGGAAACACCCCUGGCCCACCACCCGGUGACCGGGCCCCCUAGCUCCAGCCCACCACCUCUGCACGGGGCCCCAGGGGCUGCCUCAGGGCCCCGGGAGCCCCGGCCUCUGGACCUGGAGGAGCCCCCGCUCUCCUGGCUGGGGCUGGGGAACGAAGCCCUGGACUUGAGCCUCCUUUCCCAGGAGAGCGAGGCCGCUGCGCGGGAGUGGCUGCAAGGGCAGCGAGGGGUGCCCGCGCCCGCCCCGGGGAGCCGGCUGGCCUACCAACCGCCCAUGCUGUGCAGCCUGCGGGCGCUGUCCGGCCUCCUGCUGCGCAAGAAGGACUUGGAGCAUGGGGCCGCAGUCCUGGCGCCCGGCGGGCCGGCCGGUGCCCUGCAGGCCUCGCUGGGGCGGGUGCGCGAGCGGCUCCGCGACAGCCCGGCCUACCUGCUGCUGCGGGCGCGCUUCCUGGCCGCCUUCGCCCUGCCCGCGCUCCUGGCCACCCUGUCCCCCCGCGGCGUCCCCACCACCCUGUCGGUGAGCACCGGGCCGGACCCUGAGACAGACAGUGACCAGCUCGACCCGGAGGAGCCAGAGCUCACUGACAGUGACGGGGACACUGGGGACCCCGCCCAGACAAGAACCUGGAUACAGACACGGGAAGGAGUCCCUGGUCCCCUCAGAACACGGAGGGCCCUCGGGUCCCUUGCAGGCGUUGACCCUUCCAGAGAACCCCCCGGAGCAGCCCAUCCCCGUCACGUGGGGGUGACCACAGCAGUGAGGCUUGCUGCUGGAUCUGUGGCCCCCCACGCCCCCCACAGCUCGGCCUAGCCCACUUCCCUUUCCCAGGGUACGGCCUUAGGAGUCUGGAGGGUCUUUCAGGCUGAAACAAAGGGCAAGCUCUGCUGGCCUCCGGAUACUGAGGGGAGGAGACCCGCUGUCCCCAGCGGCGUGGGCAGCUUCCCUCGGGCCCUGCCCCCUGGCCUAGCUGGGGGAACCAUGGUAUAGGAGGCUGGCUCUCGGGGGGCUGCUCAGCGGGGAUCGGAGUCCCCAAGUGAAGGAGGGGUCAGCAGGAAGUCAGAGCCCCGUGUGGCCCCAGGAAGACGGCAUCUCCCGUCAAGCUCCAGUGGGGACACGCCCGAGGAGCUGCCCGCUCCUCCCUGCCCUGCUGCCCAUCCAUCUAGGCUGGAGGGUCACUCUCGUCCUCUGCCUGGACUUUAGGGAGCCCCGGACCCCAGCCAGGGCUCUGCCCCUUCCUGCCCAGACAGCCCCGACGACCCGGACGUGCUGCAGACACGGCGCUCGAGGCACGUCCGCAAGCGGCGGCGGCUGCAGUGAGCCGCAGGUGAGUGCCCAGGCUCCCCAGCUUGCCCUGGCUGCGGUGCUGUCGUGAGGGGUCAGGCGUGGCACAUGGGCCUCCCCUCACCCACUCUCUCCUCCCCGGCUCCACAUCCCCACCUUUACCGCUGCCUUGCGGCCGGCCCCCUGUGCCCCGGGGCCUUGGCACCACCGGCCCUCUGCCUAGCCCUGUCCUCUUCCCGUCUGCAAGGCCUGUCCCUCCCUUCAUUCGCCUCUCUGCUUGGCGGUGCGCUGCUCAGACGCCCUCCCCUGCUCUUAUAAGACUGCGUCCCCUUCCCGGGGCCCGGCCGUCCUCAUGGUGCCUGCCCUCCCCUGACACCUGACGUUCACCCGUGUGGGUCCAGCAUCUCUCUCAGAAUGUGA